GACCAGAGCGGGGAGCUUACAGAUACAUAACAUGCAUUUUACCAGUGAUUGAAGCAUAGCUACUGUGACACAUAGGAAAGUGGUCUUUUCAGCACAGGCGCUGCUGUACCAUGAGUGGGUCUCAGCCAAGCUCGGAGUCCAAAUGUCUUGAGAAUGGUGACAGUGGCAGGAAUAAAACUGGUGUAUCCAGUCUGCUUAAGUACAGGUUUCAGAAGACAGCGGUUAACAAAGUGCAGAGUGUCAAGAAUGGGGUGGAAGUCACCAGGGCCCAACCCUCAACUCCAGAAAAACAACAGGUGACUGUGAUCCCAGAAACUCCAGAAGCCAGUCACCCAAGUCCUAUAUCUAGUCCAAUAUUUACCAAAGUCCAGCAGGACUCCAGUCCAAUGUCUAGUCCAGUAUUCACAAAGACCAAGGGAAGGAAAGCACCUGCUCGCAUUUUAGAAACAGACUCUGAAGAAGAAUCUGCCAAAUCUCCACUGAAAACUCCAUGGCUGUCCAAAGAAUUUGGUAAACAAGUAUUGAACGGAACUGUGGAUCUUAGUCACAAAGCAGAGACAGAGUUUUGUGAGAAACUAACUGCGUUACAGGAGUUGUUUCCGACCAGGCCAAGAGUGUAUCUGGAACAGGCAAUUAAAUCUACCCCUAACUUGGACCAAGCAAUAGAUGCUGUUAUAGCAUUUGACACAAUGGGCACUUCAGAGAGGAAGAGGUCACGCCAGGAAAGCCAGGAGAGUGUGGAGUCUGACAUAUCUUUUCCAAGGUCUAAGAAAUGCCGGCCACUGCGGAUAGACAGCUCUAGUUCCCAGCAUUCACAGGAGGAGGAGGUUGCUAGUUUUCAUAUAGAUGAAGAAACCAAACAAGAAAGGAUUAGAUUUCUUAAAGAAGCAUUCCCAAAUAUCCCUGAAAAGGAUCUGUCUGUGGUACUGUCAGAUAACCAGUGGUCAGUGGAACAGGCCACCGAGUCCUUGACAGCAUUCCAAAGCCAGGGGGAUGACCAAAGUGACCAGCAACAUGAUGGUGACAAAGAAGUUAUUGAGAUAUCUGAUGAAGACAGCAACCAGCCUUCUACAUCACUGCCUGUUAAACAACAGCAUAUUCAGUACACAGCAAAAAGGAAAAACGUUAAAGAUUUUGAGGAGGAAGAAGAGGAGUUUGAAAUGGGUGCCUAUGACAGUGAUAGUAGCAUUGAGUUUGAUGAAGAUGACACACGGCGUCAGGCUGCCAGGGAGAUGGUGUUUUCUUUCUUCAAUGAAGCAAUAUAUGAAGAGCUCCUUAAUAUGCCCACCUGCUCCAAGAAAAAAGCUGAACUAAUUAUGAGUUUAAGGCCUUUUGAAAGCUUUCAGGAUUUGGUAGAAAAAUUUGAUUCCACCAAAGGACUGAGCUAUGAUACCCUGACAGGUUGCCAGGAGCUGAUCCGCACACGAGCAGCUGUGACGAAGCUAAUGUUGAGAUGUGAGGACAUUUCUAGGAGGAUGGAGUCUCUGGUCAGCAGACUGACUGGAGAUGUGGCCUUGCAUGGAGAGGAGGGAGAAAUCACCCGGCAACCAAGUGUACUCAAUUCAGA